AGUGCUCGCACAUGUCCGCUGUUGCUCGGAGCGACGGCGUGUGCCCCUCCUCUGUACGAGCGCCAAACAGCGCGCGACACGGAGGAGCGCCCACCAUGGAUGCCGGGAGCAAGGUGUGUGACAUACACGAUGCCCUGCGGAGAGCAAAGUGGAAGAUGAGCAGCCUGCAGCAGGAGCUCUGGCAGAAAGAGAACUGCUUCAAGGGUGAAGAGGAACUGUGGAUCAGAGCAGAAAGACACCGGACGGAGCCGAAUGAAUCUCUCGUUGACAUGUACAAAGCUAAUCCUAAAGUCAAUGACGAAGUGAGAGAAAGGUUGUGCUUCGCAGUCCAGCGCCGCAGCUCUGACAGCGCCGCAACACUCAGGCUCCCGACGCUGAACGACAGCUGCAACAUUCAAAUCAUUUCAGCAACAGCCCUUGAAGAUCUGCCAAAAGAGUCACGGGUUUGCCAGUCUCCUGGGACCAAGAAGGAACAAGCAGGAGAAGCUCUCCCUGAGCCAGGCUGUGGUGCCGGAGACCUGGGAGGGAUGGGAGACGAAGAGGUGUGCCGUGGGCCAGGUUUCCUCAAACCAGGGGGUCUGAUGUUGAAAAGAAGAGGGGAGGAGGCAGUCACAGGGCAUCUGCUGGCCCUGGAGGACUCCGGAAAUACAUCAGCAGCAAGCAGUGUACAAGAGGACCACAGUAAAACCAAAGCAAGCAGUGACUUUAACUCUGCAAAGCCACUCCCAGUGCUGGAUAAGGAGAGAAACAUUGCCUUCCUGUUGAAAGAGCUGGACUCUCUCCGAGAUCUCAAUAAGAAGCUCCAGGACCAACUGGCAGCAAAGGAGAGGGAGCUGGAGAAUAGGCUGGUGGAUGCAGAGCUGAAGGAAACGGCGCUGGAAGCCAAGGCUUGCGAGAAAGCUGGAGCUCUAGUGGAGGAGAUUUACGCUGCACAGAGAGACCGAGACCGCGCCCUGAUGGCCAGACUGCGGCUGGCCAACGAAGAGAGGGAUGAGGCCCUGCUCCGCGCCAGGAGACUGCAGCAGGCAGCCACGGAGCUGGAGAAUAUUAGCCCGGAAGAAUAUGACGCGGACCUGGAGGACCUUCUGAACCGGGUCAACAGUGCUGACUCGGCCCAGGACAUAGAGCGUAGUGGCGCUGUGAUCAUAGACCGGCUGCAGAAGGCCCAGGAACGCAGGAGGAAGAUCACAGCAGAGGAAAUGAACGCUGUCAUUGAGGAGCGGGAUGCUGUCCUGACCAGGUGCAAGCGACUGGAGCAGGAUCUUCAUCAAGUAAGGGAGCAGAGCCGGCCUUGGGCAAAUAACUCGAGACACCUGACUGGCGAAAACAACGAAGAACGUGCUCGCAAGGAGGAGCUGGAUGCAGUACGGAAGGAGAGGGACUGGGCUUUCGACCAGAAUCGGAAGCUGGAGAAGGAAAUCCAUGCACUACGUGUCUAUAUUAGUCAGCAUCAGUCGCUGUCCCAGGAGGCUGCAGUGAUAGAGCAGUUUAAGGGCACAUCGAGCUCCAUCCCUGAAGCCCAGCACAGUGAAACCCAGGCGUCACAGGCACACCUCCAGAACCAACAGCUCCUGGGACAGCUCCAGCUGCUCUCUUCCGAGUACCAGAGUAUCCAGAGCCAGCUGCAACAAUCCCAAGAUGCUGAGAGGGAAGCAAAAGACAAAGUGCAGAAGUUGGAGCGGCUGGUGGAGGUUCUAAGGAAGAAGGUUGGCACGGGCAGUGUCAGGACAGUGAUCUAGGGUGGGAGAUGAGAUCGGCCAGCGAACUCUGCGCCCAGCCACAUCUGGUCACCAGGCUGCUGUAUUUAACACUGUGUAAACAUGGCGGCCUUAACUCAGCAAACAGUUGUUAGAAGUUGUGCACUCAACUCACAUUCCAGGCUCAGAUCAAACUAAAUCAUAAAUGUUUAACACUGGGCUGCUGUGCUUGUAUUGCUGCUUGUUUAUUUCCUCAGUCAGUCAUUUCAUUGAUUGUCUUCUUACUGUUGUCCUUGUGUUAAUGUUCAAAACAGGCCUUACAAGGGAAAUUUAUUAUGCUGAACUGUAUUUUGUAACAAUUGAACCAUUAAGCUGACAAGAAUGAUGGUCUCAAGUGUACAAAUUCAUUAACAGUGAUGAUUUCAUUCAACUAUGACUGUCUCUUUUAUUAUUUUAAAUAAAGGGAAUACAAUUGAGAUUUCACACUACCAGUUACAUGUCUUGCUUCUUAACUGGGUCUAGCAAUGCUGAGUUUCUGAAUUCUGGGAUGUUUCACUAUUUAACAUGUUGCCAUAUGUUUCACUUCUUACUUCUUAAAAGCAAUAAAAAUCUGUUACUGUAAAAAAUGUCAUGAG